AUGCCCGAGUGGAAGCGUGAGGGAAUUGUGCACUCUUGCCCUGAAGUUGAUAUCUCUUUCUUGAACCGUCGUCCGGAAUACGCAGCCUGGCAACUGGAUCAAGUACAGGCUCUUGGCAUUCCACUGCACUUCUCGACUACAGCCGAGAAAGUCACGGAGACUGACGACAAGGUCGUCGUUCAUACUGACAAAGGAGACUUCGAGGCCGAUGUCUGUGUGGCUGCUGAUGGAAUUGGCUCGAAGGUUCCUUGGCCUGUUCCCGGUGGUUUGGCCGCUGUUGUUGACAGUGGGUAUGCGGUUGCAAGAGUGGCGUUUCCGAAGGAGACGAUCAAGAAGGGGUCACCGGCAGAAGCCAUCAUCAAGUCGAUUGAUGAGGACGGUCCUCAAUUCCGGACAUAUGUUGGCGGAGCAGAUGUCUCGUUGAUCAUCUUCUUGACGACGGACUAUGUUGCUUGGGCCUUCUCACAUGAGGCCGACGCACUGUCCGCUGAAUCUUGGCACAACAAUCGAGACCCAGAAGAUAUCAUCGAAAUCAUCGAAAAGUCCAGCAGUGAUUGGGAUCCUGCGAUUUUGGAUUUCGUCCGACAGACUCCCGGCAAAGUCGUCGAUUGGCGUUUGAAGUGGCGAGACAGCAUCGAGCAGUGGACUUCUGAUAAAGGGAGGAUAAUUAAAGUGGGAGACUCAGCCCAUGCGUUCUUCCCGACAGCUGGGAAUGGAGCGGUGCAGGCACAGGAGGAUGGCAUCUCACUCGCAGAAUGUCUUCACCAAGCCGGAACAAAGGAGAACAUCCCGUGGGCAACCCGCGUCCACAAUGCCCUUCGCUUCCAACGUGUUUCCAUCCUCCAGCAAACCGGCUUCGUCAACCGUGACGAGCUUCACAACAGCAGUUUCGACGAAAACGCGUCAGCGCCAGACGGCGAAGUCCCUCCAGAAGUCGGCUUCUUCAAAAUCGGCCGCUGGGUCUGGGACCAUAACCCGGAGGACUACGCACGACGCAGCUAUCAGAAAUGUCUCGAGCAUGUACGCGAUGGGAAGAACUUUCACAACACGAACAUACCACCGGGGCAUGUAUUCAAGAGCUGGACCUUGGAGAGCGAGUACAAGAGGAUGGCGGAGGGAGGUCAUAGCGGGCUAAAAGAGAACGGGUACUGGGGACUAUAG